CCCAGGAGAGGGAUUCUGGGAGUGCUUAGAUUGUAACCAGCGCACAGCUCCGCGUCUGCCGCUAAACGAGGAUAACCCGGAAGUGGCAUCGGCAUUUCCUGAGACUGCAGCCUCCGACUGGUCCUUUCUUCCUUCGUCCCCCUUCCCAAAGGAGUACCCUUCCCUUCACCCCACACUUUGGAGUAGGUCUUUGCUAUACUUUUCUACCUGGAACAGUUCUCCCAGAUCAUCUCAUAAGAAAAGCAGCGUGAACUUCUUUUACCUGAGGACUGUAAGGAUGAGCUUGAAAAUGGAAAACCAAGAACCAACAGAUUGUCCUCAGAAUGCCAAACAGUCUAUUAUUUCAGAGGAGUUAAUUUCAGAAGGAAAAUGGGUCAGGCUUGAAAAGACAACAUACACGGAUCCUACUGGUAAAACUAGAACUUGGGAAACUGUGAAACGUACAACCAGGAAAGGAGAGUCAGCUGAUGGUGUGUCAAUCAUCCCAGUGCUGCAAAGAACUCUUCAUUAUGAGUGUAUCAUUCUGGUAAAACAGUUCAGACCGCCGAUGGGAGCCUACUGCUUAGAAUUCCCAGCAGGUCUCAUAGACAGUGAUGAAAGCCCAGAAGCAGCUGCUCUUCGGGAACUUGAGGAAGAAACGGGCUAUAAAGGUGAUAUUGCUGAAUGUUCUCCAGCCGUGUGUAUGGAUCCAGGUUUGUCAAACUGUACCACACACAUUGUGACAGUAACUAUUAAUGGAGAUGAUCCUGAAAAUGUCAGACCUAAGCCCAAACCAGGAGAUGGAGAAUUUGUAGAAGUAAUUUCUUUACCAAAGAAUGGCCUCCUGCAGAGACUUAGUGCUCUGGUGACCGAAGAGCACCUGACAGUGGAUGCCAGAGUCUAUUCCUAUGCCCUAGCGCUACAGCAUGCAAACACGAAGCCAUUUGAAGUACCCUUUCUUAAAUUUUAAGGACAGUAGCCAUAUGUUUUGUAAACAAGACACCAUUCCUCCACUAAGACUUUGUAUUCAACUUAGUUUAAUGCAGAUUUGAAAUUAGCUUUUUCAUAAAAUAAAAUACAAAAAUACUUGUGGUAGUUGGAAUUAUAAUUAUAGAUAGGCUAAGCUAUUAUUUAAAUUCUAGCUAAUACUAUUGAAAAACCACAUAAAUGCAGACACAUUUAAUCUAGUUUUUUUUUGUUUUUUUUUAUGAUCAGCUGUUAUCUUUCUAAUCUAGUAUGAAAAAAGGACCUUCUAUAAAAAAACAGACCUAAGUGCCCAAUAAGGUAAACCAUUCCCACCUUCAACCUCAAAUUUACACUUCUGAAAUUGACUAUGCAAGUAUUAAUAACUACUCACUGCAUUAGUGUUUAAAAUAGUUUAUCCCAUCUUAGAAGCCUGAACCCUCGUAAGUGAAUUAUCUGUUACAUGAAAUUAAUCUGUAUGGCAGAGUACAUAAGAUCAAUGUCUGAUGAGCAGUGUUCACACUUAGCUAACACCCUUUUAUCUGCCGACUUACUGAAACUGAGCCAGCUUAGAUUCUGUUCAUACAGCAUAGUUACGAGGCCAGUGAAAAUACUGUACUUAUCCUUAACUCAAAGUAUUUGAAGCUUCCAAAAACCAAGUAGCAAUAAGAUAUACAUGGUUUGGGGCAUAACAGUCUUAAGGGUAAACUGAAUGUAGCCAUAAGGUCAGCAAGUACUGUAAGCCCAGGAAAAAAUGGGGCUGUUUCUACUCAUGCCCUGGCUGACGCCCUUGUCAUCCAAGACUUGUCACUGACCAAGGGAUCAUGCAACUCCUAGGGUGUCGCUUUCUCAGUUCAGUGUGCUCUCCUCUACCUCCAAGCCCCAAGUCUCAAAACAAUUCUCACUGGUCAUGUUUUCAGCAGGGGCUCACCAGUCCCUCAGAACCAGAUAAACCAGGGUACUGGUGCCACAGAUGCUGCAAUAUAGUUCAUUUAUCCACAAGAUCAUUUUGUUUUCCAUAGUUAUCUUUUUGAGCAAAAGUGCAAGAUCUUUAUACUAGGUUUCUUAAACAACGAUGCAAAGAAAUGUGGAGAGAACUUUAUAGCAAAGUCCACUCCCCCUAGAAAUACUGAGAAAAUUAAGCUCCAUCUAUGUACUAUCAGGGUAAUCUUCUCUGUGCCUCUAGUAAUUUUAUUAAAUCCUUAUUUUUUAUCAGGAGCAUCAUAAUUUUCUAGAAAUCGUCAUCCUUUUCCAAGCUCUCAAGGACCGAGUCCUGUAAUUUUCCUUGUUGCUACCCUCUCUCAAAGUCAAGAAGAGAUUGGCAUGUAUAAAAUACAUACUCAAUAGUUCCAAACAGAUGAGCUCUUUCAAUGACUCCCCCAGGAAAUGGAGUAACAUUCUUAAAUGUUGCCCUUCUGCCUUUUUCUCUUCCUAAGAGGGCAAUUUGGAAGUGACAGCUAAAUUGCAGAACAUAUACUGAUUGCUAUUUGUUCUCUAUAAAUUUGUUUCCUGCACUUAACUAAGUACAUACAUAAUAAUGGAAACCACAGUUCUAAAAACAAUGUGUUUUAAAAUGUUUGACCUCAUCUUGGACAAUAAAGCAUAUAUUUUAAAAAGUAAA